AAAUCACAACGGGACUUUUAAAUUCGUAAAAAAGUCGCAUUUAGAUGACGUAUAAUAUUUACCUCCACGUAUCUGAAGCGAAAACAUGGCGGAAGUGGACGAAGCUAACAAGCCACUGUUCUCAGGGCUCUCCGAUGUGUCCAUCUCAGCUGACAUUCCAGUGGAGGGGGAGAUCACGGUCCCAGUCAGCUCCCCGUCCCAGGACGACGAGUUCUCCACACUGGAUGAGCCUGUCAAAGACACCAUCUUGAGGGAUUUAAAGGCGGUGGGGCAGAAGUUUGUUCAUGUGAUGUACCCCAAGAAAAGCUCAGCAUUGCUGAGAGACUGGGAUCUGUGGGGCCCUCUUCUGUUAUGCGUCACACUGGCUCUCAUGCUCCAGGGAGGAGCAGCGGACAGUAAGGAUGACGGGGGCCCUCAAUUUGCCGAGGUCUUUGUGAUCGUUUGGUUCGGAUCGGUUGUCAUCACGCUCAACUCCAAACUACUGGGUGGGACAAUCUCAUUCUUCCAGAGCCUGUGUGUGCUGGGGUAUUGCAUCCUGCCCCUGACGGUCGCCAUGGUCGUGUGCAGGCUGGUGCUGCUGGGCGGGGCCGGUGCGGUCAGCUUCGCCAUCAGGCUCAUUGUGGUCGUGGCCUCCUUUGGCUGGUCCACGUUUGCUUCCACAGCUUUCCUGGCUGAUAGCCAGCCCCCCAGCCGCAAGGCUCUGGUCGUGUAUCCCAUCUUCCUCUUCUACUUCGUCAUUGGAUGGAUGAUCUUGACCUUUGCCCCCUCUCGCAGCGGGGGACCCUGAAGACCUCUCCCCAGAGCUAAACGGACUAAUCCUUUUUUCAAUUUUGGCUGUUGCCAAGGAUAUUUACAGCAAGUCCUCGCCUCUUCUCGCUCCCUCCCCUGUCUUUCUCUCUCCCCCCCACCCCCCCACCCCACCCCAUCCCGCCCCUGGUCUGGAAUAGGAUAAUUGAGGAGGUAUUAUUGAGGAUAGCUCCAAAAAUAUUCAGCAAAACUCACACAUUCUUUCUCAAGUGGGUGGGGCCGGAUGUGUGGCCGGUAAUCAUUAUUGUCCUUUGGCCUUCCUGGUCUACUGAUGCCCUGGCUGAGGAAGGCUAACCAAGGCCUAUGAUCUGAUCACACUCCUGCCCUCAGUUUGACCCUCAGACACAGUGACUGUGGGCUCCAGCUCAGUCCAGAAUGUGCAGAGGGUCAAAUCUUCGACUUCCAGAGCAGAUACAUUUUAUGGUGUAAAAAAAAAAAUAAUAAUAAUAAUCAAGGUAGCUCAAUACUCCUAGUAAAUUCCAUUUUCUACUUUUGUUGUGGGGAGAAAAGCUAAGUAGGGCAGCGUGCAUGCCCUUGAAUUGGUCCUGAGUUGCCUAUAGAGGAUUGCUGCAUUCCUCCAAUCACGUAAGACAGGUCACUGAAACCCCAGAGCUUGACAUCAGACUCACCGUUUCUUUUGAAACCUGUGGGUGACACCUUUAACCGUUGAGUGCACACUGAAAAUCUUUUAUUUCCUUUGAAAUGAGAUCCAUCUCCCAGGGUUAUUUAGUUUUUUCUCUUGUUUCCUUUCAUCAGAACAGUUUAAUGUUUUGUUGUGUUAUCCCCCCGUUUCAUUUUUACUGUGUGACACUUUAUAUUUGGUUGUCUUUAUACCAGUGUGUAAUGGUGCAGUUAUUGCAGUAGGCUUGAGCUAUGUAACGUUGUUACAUAGCCACCUGUCAGUAAGGAAUGGGAUGCAUAGCUGUGUGGUUUGCAUAAUUCCCCAUUUGUUAUUGUCUGGUUGACGUGUUCAGAAAGUUUAUGAAAUAUGUAAUUAAUCAGUAAUCUAUUUAAUAAAUAUCUCUGUUUCACUUAAAUAAUAUUUUACCCUGGUGUAAUGGCCAAAUUAGUAUUAAGUGUGGAAUGUUUGAUUUUAUGAAAAUCAAAUGUCUGUAAUGCAAUCACUGGAGACAUCCUACUGACCUACGGUAGUGUUUUCUAUGUAAAUGUAUGUACUGAAUGUAUGUUGUUAACACUACUUUUGUUUAACGUGGUUUGUCUUGCAUACUUUUCAUACAUUGUUUUGCUGUUGUAUCGAUGAAAACUUUCGGGUUGGGCUUGUGGGAGAGGUUUUAAAGGAAAACUGUGAAGGUGAAUUUGUUUUAAUUAUUUUUUGUUUAUUUUUAUUUAACGCUCCAGUUCUUUGAUCAUUACGUGAUACUGAAGUAGGAACGCGCGAAUAGCGCCAGGCAGCGCAGCGCGGAGGCGUCCGGCGAAUCGCGGCUCGAUCAGGCAGCCUGAAAUGAAAUGCGGUCUUUUUGUCUUAAGAAGUCGUGAAACAUGCAUGUGGAAUAAACGGUUUCUGAACGUGA